AUGAUUUUGGGGCCGAGCACGACUUACCAGUCGGAUCUAAACAACGCAUUUCUCCCUCCCCUCUCUCCAGUCUCCGCCAGACAGAGAAGCAUCAAAUUUUUGGCGGGAGAGGAUAUUACUUCCGCCAUCCUUCCCAGUAGUUUUCCUUUGUUUCUGAUGGGUGCCACUACUCUCCCAGGGUGGGCAUCCCAGCCUUGCAUCAUGGGCAUCGAUGAAGCUGGUAGAGGCCCUGUUCUAGGUCCAAUGGUUUAUGGAUGCCUUUACUGCCCUCUCUCCUAUAAGGACGCUCUUUCCUCGUUGAAUUUUGCAGAUUCAAAGACCCUGAAAGAGGAAAAAAGGGAAGAGCUAUUUGAAAACCUGAAGACUGAUUAUUCAAUUGGAUGGGCUGUAGAUGUCAUAGACCCAAGAGUGCUGUCAGCCAAAAUGCUUAGGAAAAUAAAAGUCAAUUUGAAUGAAAUAUCACAUGAGUCUGCUAUGGGCCUUGUCUCCAGAGUGCUUAACUUGGGGAUUCUUCUAACAGAAGUCUAUGUUGACACUGUUGGAGAUGCAGAAAAGUAUAAAAUCAAAUUAUCUGAGAAGUUCCCUGGUAUCAAAUUUGUCGUGGCAAAAAAAGCUGAUAGUCUUUACCCAGUUGUUAGUGGUGCAAGCAUUGUGGCCAAGGUAACCAGAGACAGGGCUUUGCGUGAAUGGGUGCUUGAUGAAACAGCAGAAAACAUUAAUAGAAACUUCGGAUCUGGAUAUCCUGCAGAUCCUGAAACCAAAGCUUGGCUGAAGUGUCACAAGCACUCAGUAUUUGGUUUCCCAAGUCUGGUGCGCUUCAGUUGGGGCACCUGUACUCAACACUGCAAGGACAUUGUUCAAGUAAUAUGGGAGUCUGAUGCACAGGAAGAAGAUGAAUGUGCUAACAGUAAUGGGAAAAGACAAUUGAAAUUGACCAGCAUUGGCGUUACGGGUAGCAAAAUAAAAUCUGAAGAAGUUGAAUCUAGUGCUAAAGGGCACUGCAAGUUCUUCCAAGCUCGAAAGCUUCAGCAAGUUGCUCAUUUCUAGUGAAAUCGUUUGGUAUUCAUUUUAUGAUUCUUGCUGUCCGGUCACCAGUCUAAACAACUUGUAUGUAAUCGAUCACAUUGUUCAGGAGACUCUCGUCCAGCUCAAUGGAAUUAAAGUUUUUAGCAGAAGUAAAUUUUACAUUCAUAUGUAUCCUAAGAUGAAAAUGUUAUAGUCGUCCUGUUAAACCUAUUUGAAACUGGUGCUUUCGGCUAUAAAUCCUGUUAUGAUAA